AUGAUGGCGCCAGUGAACUCCUUCAAUACAUUGUUCCACGCACAGGCUUUCUGGGGCCUGAUGAUGCCUGUUUCAGUGAGUUCAAUGGCGGCAGAUGUCAUCCGUGGGUACUGGGCUCAGCGGAUCUUGUGGGAGAUUGGUGGGUACGUGGCUUUCUACCCACCAACUAUUUACCGGAAGGAUCAUGUGCAGGCCUACCCAUUUGCAGAGGAGAAGGAUCUGCAUGUGAAUGUUGGCAGACUGAUCAAAUUCUUGAAUGAGUGGAGGUCAAACAAGCAGAGCCUGUUCGAGAAGAUUCUUGAUUUAAGCUACGCCAUGGCUGAGGAGGGGUUCUGGAUGGAGCAGGAUGUGAGAUUGACAGCUGCUUGGCUGCAGGAUCUUCUGGCAGCAGGGUAUCGGCAGCCUCGGCUCAUGUCAUUGGAGAUUGACAGGCAACGGGCAACCAUUGGGGAGGGUGACAUGAAGGAGUUUGUGCCCAAGAAGCUGCCAUCCGUGCACCUUGGGGUUGAUGAAAUUGGCACAGUGAACUAUGAGAUUGGAAAUCUGAUUAAGUGGAGGCUGCUAUAUGGACGGAUAUUCAAGACAGUUAUCAUUCUUGCCGAGCAUAGCAAUGCAGAGCUUGCUGUUGAACGCUGCCCUCUGUCACACGCAUACAAGUAUCUUCCCAAGGUGUUUGCAAGAUACGGUGGUGCUGAUGGAUUUCUCUUCCUCCAAGACCACAUGAUUCUUAACUACUGGAACCUUCUGCAAGCCGACAAGGAAAAACUCUGGAUAACUGAUAAGAUUGCACAUUCUUGGGUUACUAUUCCACUGGAGAGCAAUAAAGAGGAAUGGUUUGUUAAGCAAGGUGCUAUGGUUAAGCAAGUCGUUGGCAGUUCCCCUGUCCAUUUCCAGUCGAAGUAUAAAGAAAGCAUGGGCGAAGAUAAGAUUGUAUUCUGUGGCAGCGAACUGUUCUACGUGCCCCGACAGUUUGUUGAGGACUUUGGUGAUCUUGUGGGUCUCGUUGGCAAUUUGGAUCUGCAUCAUAAGAUUGCGGUCCCCAUGUUCUUCUUGGCGAUGGACUCGCCUCAAAAUUUUGAUUCGGAAGCUCUGGCCGGAACAGUUUUCAAGACCAACUUGGCAGCCAAUGAGACUUUCUCAAGUAUUUAUACAGCUCAGUCACCUGCUGUUUUCCCAGUUAAAGUGAUGAACGAGAUUGAUUUCAUCAAGGUAAUCCGGCUUAUGUCCAAGGGAGACCCUCUUCUGAUGGAGUUGGUAUAA